AUGGAAGCAGGCGAGUCGAUACAUUCCGCUGCUGCCGGUCCAUCCGCUCAAAACUGCGCUUCAUCAGCCUUGCAACAGUACCCAGCAUCCGGAAGCGCAACCGACAAGCAACAGUGGAACGGCCUCAACGCAGGAACGAGCCCAGAGCAUCCGUCUCCUGAUCUGACCAUCAUGGAUCAUGUUCCGCAGCUCGAGGCUUCCGCCUUGGCCGAUCUCAUGUCCCCUUCAAAAACUCGGGACCCGGCUGAUCCGACCGAACCGUCGCUGGAGGAGCAGAUUCAGGCCUUCACCGCCGGGCUCGCCGAUCAGCUCGGAUCUCAGCCCGAGGCACACUUCACGCCAAUGGAAGGCUCAGCCGUCAACAGCACCUAUGAUACGCCUACACAAGGCCAAGGCACACCGGCAACAGCCGAAGACAUUUCUUCGUUCGAAACGCUCAUCGCUUCGCUCAUGCCGACGCCGCAAACUGGCUCGCCCGCACCACAGCAGCCAGAGAGUGCUUCCGCACAAGCCGGUUCCCAGCCCGCUGCUGCUCCUACGACGCAAGCAGCAUCGACGGCUUCUGAACCUCAGGCAUCUUCAUCCUUAUCUGCCGCCAACAAUUCCGCUCAGAGCUUUGUCGACAACCUUCUUCGAGACGCCAAUCUGCUCCCUCCAGAAGCUUCAGCCCAGCAACAGCAAAGUGCUUCUUCUUCGUACGAUGUAGCAGACGCAUCCACCACCGGUCCUAGCACUGCGAACGAAGCAAAGUCCGGGACCGUCGGCGACGAUGCCCUCGCAGCCAGCUUAGAGCAGUUUAUGGCCAGUCUUCAAGAACGCGUCUCAUCCAGCCUCGCCACCGAAGGUACCACAGAAUUCCAACAGCCAAAGGAAGCACCAUCGACCCCUGCCAAACCCAAGCCAUCGCCGCAAAAGCAGGUCAAGCCUAUCAAGAAGCCCAAGAAAGUGCUCGGCAAGCGAAAAUACCGCGAAAUUGGUCCCAUGGAACGCCGCAGCAGGGUGGAGAAAGCCAUCUCCGAGUACAUAGCCAGCAUCGACACCUUGACCAAGCCAAACACUGUUACCGGUCCCAUCCCAGCAGCAUCAAAGACGAAAAUGACCACCAUCCGAUGUUCACACGCUUCAGUGGCACAAAAAAGCUACGGAUCCGAGAAGCGCUUCUUCAAUCCUCCACCCAUCAUCAGUGUUACUGGUCCACUGCGGCGAUAUGCAGAACACGGCGCUGCUGUCCUGCAUACCUCUCAGACCGCCGAAGAUGCAGACGAAGAGGACCAAUGCCGCGUCAGUCUACUGGUUCGCGGAGACACGGAUGAGUUCUACUCGAACGAAAAUGUCGCAGUGCUCGACAGCCGGCUCGAGACAAAGAUGCGCUCACUCUACGUCACACCCACAGGCAGGUCCAAGGCAUUCCGUCUGCAGCUCAACUUACUUCGCCCUUCGGGUCUCGAACCUCAUCUGCCCAUCUUCAGCCCGCUGAAAAAGUCACGAGCUUCCGAAGCGGUGUCUCCAGCGAUUAGUACUGAAAGUCCUGCCAACGAGCAGACCGAUGCUGGCUCCGAAGUCCUUUCACGAUUGCCCAAGGGCUUGGCGUGGGCCUCCUUCGAGUCCGCACCCGUCGCAAUCAUCUCCAAAUCCUCGAAGAAAACGGCGAAGCCGAGGGGUCAGACGAACCAAGUGCAGAACGGUUCUCUCGUCUCACUCUUCAACCGCAUCAAUUCGCAGACCGCUCGUACCAAGUACAUGCACAGCAGCACAGGAGGUGACCUCACAGUGCACAGCGCUGAAUGGUCUACCUACCGCAUCACGCUCAUCUCGCGCCCACCGCUGGCCGAGCUCGCAGGAGCCGAAGAGGACAGCGUCACUUACGGCUCGACAAUUGUGCUGACCGACGUCAACACGGGCUUCAGCAGCGAUCCACUGGUCGUGUGCAAGGUGGACAAAGGUCAGGUUCAACUGCCGCAGCUGGAUCCACCUGCGGAACUACUGACGGCCGGUUCGGGGAACAAGUCUCGUAGGGUGCCGAUAGAUCGAGCGUUACGCGACAAGUUGGCAGCCGUGAGCAGGUCGUCGUCCAACGCGAAUGCAUCCAUGCCGGGUCGAGGUGGUUCCGCUUUCACCAAUGGCGUCGAAAGACCGGGAAGCAGUUUUCAGUCUGCCAUCAAGAUCGAAGGGGCAGAGACUGGCCUCAACUCGGUCUCUGCAAAGGGAGCAUCUACGAGCGCCAACGACGGAUCUGAGAGCAAGGAAAAGGACGAUCUCAACCUCUACGGUCCCGUGGGCCAAUUGCAAAAGGUAGCGUUGAUGCGCUUCGUACCUAGCGACGACAGCGAGACCGUCUUUGGCGACUCGGAGCAUCUCGAGUCCAACUUCUCCACCCCUCGCAGCUACCUUUGUGCCAUGAUGCCCGACGCUUGGAAGCACACUUCGCCAGACAAGGUCGGACAAGAGCCCCUCGCCGUAGAUUUUGCACAGACGCACGAAGAAGGGCUCGGGUUGGGCAUGCCUCCAUCCGACACCAAAGAUCGCCACAAGACGGGUGAGAGCAACUCGAUCGUCUUUGUGACACCAAAAACGGUCACUGCAUCCAAGGAGAACGGGCCGGGCAUCAAGAUUGUCGAUGAAGUAGACGAUGCUUAUGUCUGGACCGUGAUCGGCGUGUCGCGAUUCGAGUAUUCCUACUUUGACACGAGCGCUACGCAGGCAUCCAAAGACGAAGGUCCAUGCGAGGUACCCAUGACGCCCUUCCCCCUGAUCACCUCCAUGCCCACAUACGAUCAAACAAAGCAUACGCUCGUCACCACCGUCACCAACUUUAUCGUCCCCGCAGCCAUCACUUCCGACCCCAUCCCACUCGACGUCUGGGUAGGCAGCUUGGGCCCACUGAAGGUCCAACACACGACCAAGCCAGAAUCAGAAGUCUACAUCACCGUCACUCUCCCGCCCAUCCGUGAUAUGUUGAAGCUCGCGCUUACGGGAAAAAUCGACAAUCCGAUGUCCGGGGACACCGUCCCGCCACACUUUUUGCUGCCCUUGAUAUUCGUCAACGACUCGGAUGGUACAGCCUACCAUUCAGGCCGUCAUAUCGUCUGCGAGGAUCUGGUACAGCUCAUGAAGGCAACCGGUCACGACACCACGGCAGACGUUCUGAAACAGCUAGGAUUUGGUUUGGGCGACCUAGCCGGCCCGCCGAAGGACGGCGCUUGGAGCUUGCGCAUCAUUUGA